AUGCUCCUGACCCUCUGCCUGCUGGUGGGCAUCUGCCUGGGCUGCUCCCAGGGCCUGGGCUCCUUCGUGCACUGCGAGCCGUGCGACGAGAAAGCCCUGUCCAUGUGCCCGCCCAGCCCGGCGGGCUGCGAGCUGGUGAAGGAGCCGGGCUGCGGCUGCUGCAUGACCUGCGCCCUGGCCGAGGGGCAGUCCUGCGGGGUGUACACCGAGCGCUGCGCCCAGGGGCUGCGCUGCCUGCCCCGCCAGGGCGAGGAGAAGCCGCUGCACGCCCUGCUCCACGGCCGGGGCCUCUGCCUCAACGAGAAGAGCUACCGGGAGCAAGCCAAGCUGGAGCGGGAAUCCCGUGAGCACGAGGAGCCGACCACCUCAGAGAUGGCGGAGGAGACCUACUCGCCCAAGGUGAUCCGGACCAAGCACGGGCGCCUCUCCGAGCUCAAGGCUGAGGCCCUGAAGAAGGACCGCAGGAAGAAGCUGACCUUGUCGAAGUUCGUCGGCGGGGCGGAGAACACGGCGCAUCCCCGGGUCGCCGUCCCCGAGCUGAGGCAAGAGUUCGAGCUGGGCCCUUGCCGCAGGCAGAUGGAGGCCUCACUGCAGGAGAUCAAAACCAGCGAACGGAUGAUCCCCCGAGCCGUUCACCUUCCCAACUGCGACCGGAAGGGAUUCUACAAGAGGAAACAGUGCAAACCGUCCCGGGGGCGGAAGCGCGGGCUGUGCUGGUGCGUGGACAAGUAUGGACUGAAGCUGCCGGGGACCAAUUACGUGGCGGGCGACCUGCAGUGUCACAGCUUCGACAGCGGCGUCACCGAGUGA